AUGAAUGAAGAAUCCGCUGAAGCUUCGUUGAUGGCCUAUAAAGAUAAGAGACUUCGACUACUCUAUGAGCCUUUAGGCUUGCUCCAUGCUUUGGGCGAAGUUCGAGGUGAUCGGAUCAAAACAAGCGACUUAAACGAUGAGGGCAGAGGGCUCUCUGGCCCCAGGUGCCAUCGAAACUUAGUUGACGCCAUUUCCUACAUAUGUGCGUAUCGAAAGGAGCCUGGGUACGUUACCGCGGCAGCCAUAGAGGAAGCUCCCGACGCGAUAGUGGUACUACUGGCUGCCAAUGGUGGCAUUGAUGUGAAGGUUGUCACUUUUCUGGAGACCGUUCUUAAGAUUCUUUCAUGGGUAAUCAAGAACCCUAGCGGCGUAAGACUGACCAAGACAGAGGGCCGAAAGAUCAUGAAGAUCUUAGCUGAACAUGUGCUGGCUUUCAACGCUCCCAAAAUCUUUCAAUACUACCUGCAAGUGAGCAAAAUGGUCCCCUCGUUAUUAAUGCGGCUGAGCACCGAGCCGGCAUUAAAAGAUGAUGUUAGUAUGAUCAAGCUUCGCAGCUGGUUUACGGCAAAUCUAUCGAAAGAUGGUCUUCCGCUACAAGAACGCGACAUGCCAAUCCUAGCCUUCUCCAGCUACGAUAAUAGAAAGAUCUUCGAGGCCUUGCACAACCACACUGGAAACCUCGAACAAACCCGUGGGAUAGAGCGACUCUUUAAGUUACUCUACAAAUUGGGAAAGCAUGUAGCUCAGUGCAAACGUCUGCUUGAGGCCACUAUUGCACUUCAUUCUGAGCUGGCUCGGGGUUUCCGUAUCGAGACGAUAAGCGGAUCACCGGAGAAGCGGACCCCCCUUUUGCCCCGGACCUGUAAAAUAAAGGACAUCAGCAAUCGUAUGUUUUCUGAAUCUGACAAGCGGGAUGCAUUUUUGCGGCAGUUGCAACAAAUUUACCCGGGUACUGAACUGGACAGGGUCCUGUCCAAGGACGUUUCUAAAGGAAAAACACGCGUGCACGCGGAACUUCUCGUGCUCGAUCAUUUUGAAAAAACUGGUGGCAGAUUUAUCUUCGAGCAGGACAGAAAUCAAGAUGAUAUUCUGUCUCGCAUGACUGAUACGGUCCGAAUGGAUCUGAAGAAUGACAUUGCUGCCAAAGUCGGUAGGCGGGUGAGCUACGCGGACUCGACAGCAGGGGGCAUAUCUACUAUUAUUGACAUGGAAUCUGAUCUUAUCCCAUUUGCCGAUGAUCUUUCCCUUCCAGAGCUUCUCAGGGCUUUUGAACUUCCAAAUCAGAAUCAUUAUAGCCCUAAAAUACCUCCCAUGGGCUCAGUCAUCUAUACCGAAAGCUUGCUCUCAAAUCCCAGAGGGGACAGUUUAGAUGGUAAGAGUGAUGAUGAUUCAGAUGCUGGUGGGGUAAAAGUUUGA